AGUUUCAAAAAAUAUACGUGAAAGCUAGGGGAAAAAUUAAUUGUGCAUAUACAUAAUUUAUUUUAAAAUAAUCACAUAAUAAUAUGAAUAUAUCUAUAAUUAACUAAAAUAUCACAUUACAAACAAAAUGACAAAUUAUUGUAUUUAAAUGCAACAUCUUAUGUCAACUUCAGUCGUUUAUACUUAAAUCCAACUAUCAAAAUCAUAUCUAAAUGUUCAUAUUUGGAUUCAACAAUUUUUUUCGGUUUCUUAUUAAAUAUACUAAAACAACAAUGCAUCAAUUUAACUAUCACCAAACCAAACCAACCCUAAGAUGAGUUUUUAAAUUCCAAAAAUUAUUAAAUGCAACACGAAUUUAAUACAAAAAUAACUUUAAUUAAUAGGGAUAUCAUUUUUCCAACCCCUAGAAGGGUUAGCAUGCUAACCGAUCCCCAUAAUAUAUAUUAAAGAUAGAUAGAUGUACGGCUGCGACGUGCAACUAGUGACCAGUAAAAAAAUUAAAAGGUCUUACUAUCAUUUAAAGAAAUAAUUAUUGUUGUUGUAAAGGCUAAGGUCUUUACAUAUAUAAGUUACAUUUUAAUAAUUCACAUAAUUUAUCUCUUGAAUAUAAUAAUUAUAGAAAUAUGGAGCACCAAUACAAUAAUUAUAUUGGUCUUAAUUACUUUCAGUGUUGUCAUGUAUGCAAGACACAUGCCACAUUUCAAAACCUUGUCAAUUUUUUAGUUGAACAAGCAUUUGCCUUGUUAGGCUUCCUGAUUUGAGGACAAUUUCAUUGACAAAAAAUUUCGCAUUUCCACUGCGAAAAAAAUGGAAUCGCAAUCGAUCGGCACUUGACUCGACACAAAAUUAGCUCCACUCCCCUUUUAGCUUCCAUGCAUAAAUAUCACACUACAACAACAAUAAAUAAUUCACUCUCAAGUCAUAACUUCCAACCGGAGAAGUUUCAGUUUCAGGGAGAAAGAAGGGAAAAAAAAGUGAGUUACACGUGGCAUGCACCCAGAAGAAGCUUUGCUACACAAAUUGUCGCCUUAUAUAUAAAAGAAGAAAGAAAAAAAAUACUUGUGCUAUAUUUGGAGACAACUGAAUCAGGAAAGAGAGCAGGAGAGGGAGAGGGACGACCUCUAUUUGGGUCUUCUUCUUCUUCUUUUUUCCCCUUCCUUCUGAAUGUUGCUUCAACCAUCACAAUUCAACCAGAGAAGUUUCCCCCUCUUGAUCUUCCAUUUCCAAAUGCAUUUCUUGUUACUCUUACCAUAAUUUCUUCGCCUUGUGUAUAAUAAACUUCCUUUCCAUCACUCAAUGCUUGUCCUUCUUCAACCCCACACCACGAAGAAGGAUUUUGCUCUCCUUUUCACAUCUCAUUCCAUUCUAGAAAAUGUAAAAAACAACACACCAAAAAAAAUCUAUUGAUUCCAACAUCUAACCAACUCAUUUGUACGUAUUCUCAUAUAUUAUUGUUGGCGGGGGAGAAAGAAUAUGGCUGCAAUAACAAGCCUUCAAAACUUCCAUUACCACGUCUCCAACUUUCCUCACAAAUCUCCCCCUCAUUAUUCGAGAUCCUUUCUAUCAACUCUAAGGCCUCCUAGCAUCGUCCCCGAAACCAGACAUAGCUCUCUUCUCGUGAGCACUCGCCGCAGCACCAACCGAGCCUUCAACUAUCGUGAUUAUUUCAAUGAGGAAUACUCCGAGCUCCUGACGAAUAUUUCUCACCGACACUUGCAUCACCACGAGGAAGAAUGCUACGACUACAACUACAACUAUAACGACAACGACGAAUGUGAUCAAGAGUUCGCGACGGUGAGGAACAUGAUCAAUAGCGACGGGAGCAACAACGACGGUUACUAUAGCUCCAUGUCGUGUUGGAUAUCAUCAAAGCUGGAGCUUUUCGGGCCGAGCUUCUUCGGGAUGAAGCCCGAUCCGCCUCCAGAGUACUGGCCCGUGGACGAGGAGACGAGGAGGAGCAUGGAGUUUGCCGCCCAAGUCGAUCGCAUGAGAAGAGGGAAACUAAUGUCGUCCAAGGACACGAAGGAGGAGGAGAAGUGUUAUUAUUGGCAAGUUGCGGGUGAUUACUCUUACUGUUCGGUAAGGAAAGUGUUCUCUCUGACGGUGUUCAUGAUCCGCGAGCUGCUGAGCUACGUGCUGAGAAUAAGGGAGUGUUUGUACAGCGAGGAUCUGAGGAAGGUGAUCGAGAGGGUGCAAGUGGAGAUGAACGACACGUUCGUUUGGCUGUUUGAGAGCGUUUUCGCCACGACGCCGACCCUCAUGGUGUCGGUGAUGCUGCUGCUUGCGAAUUUCACGGCUUAUUCCAUGGCCGGGACGACGGAGAUGGUUGCGGCGCUGCCGAGGGUUACGAGUAGCGGUUUGGUUUCGUACUAUGAGGAAGAAAGGAUGAUGAUGGCGGCGAGUUUGGAAGAGAAGGAGCUUUGGGGUGAAAUGUUGACGAGGAUCAUGGCGGCGUCGGAGCGAAGGUUGUUGAACUUUGAUGAUAUCGACGACGAUGAUGAGGUUACGGAGGCGAGAAUGGUGUCAAAGGUGGCCGAGUGUUUGAGGUGUGAGAACUUGGUUGGCCAUUUGGGCUUUGGUGAGAGCACGCGAUGUUUUCUUCGUAUUCUCAACUCUGCUCUCUUCUUAAACCCUAAUCCUCAACUUUGUGAUAGGGUGGAGGAAAUUUACGAGCAGGCAGUAGUGGUGGAGCCAAGGGAUGCGGAGGUGAGAAUUUUGUAUGCCGAGUUUCUGCAGUUAAAGAAAGACUUGGAGGGUGCGGAGGAGAAGUAUCAAGAAGCAAUCGAGAUAAACGACAACUAUGAUAUCACGUCCAAGUACUUCGCAUUUCUUGUAGAAACCGGUAACGAAGGUGUUUGUUACCCACUCUAUGAUCUUGGUACCAAUUACCAAUAGCUUUAACUAAUUAUUAGUUUAUUAAUUAGAGAAGAGAACACGAUACCACCAUGUUAUUAUACAUACAUACGUACGUACGUAUGCUUGGUUUCUUGUUUGGUAUUAGGCCGGUUUCUGUAGCAAGAAGGGGCAUACAUAUACCGUAUAUCUAGUAGCAAAGUAGGACAAUUUUGUAACUCUCCAAUGUAAUGUUGAAUCAUCCAACCAAUUGAGAGUUUAAAUGAUAAGAGGCUUAUAUUGUUUUUUUUUCUUUUUUAUAUUUUGGACUUCUUAUUGUUUGUAACGAUUCGGGGAUGUAAUCCAAACGAAAAUUUUGAAUGAGAAAAUUUUGUAGCUAGAGUUUUGCUAUGUUCACCUUAGCACUUGCACAAGGUUUCGUUUAACUCCCUUUCCUGCCUCGAUCGUUGUUGAAAGGCAAUGUUAUAGAGGGGGUGUCAGAAGUUUUAUCUGUACCCUCCAAGCAUAAUUCUCAAACAAAACUUCACUAGGCGAGGGAUUGUACUAGAUAAGCAACAUCGUAUGGUCGCAAAUGAUGCAUAGUUGAACCGUUCCUAUUCCGUCUGUGCAGUCCGCACUUUAUUUGUAAAUGAAACUUCUUUUAUAUCACUUUAUCAGGUAGGUUUUUCGAAUAUAUAUAAGGAUACAGUUCGACCCCAAUAACUUUAAAGAGUAGGAGACUCAUUGGAAGAGUAGAAAAACUCACAGAGAAUAGAGAGAAUCACCGUAUCCAAACAUAUCGAGUGGUCUUUAGUCUUAUGAGGACAUCUUUCAUAGCCACUACACUAGCCUUCCUAGAUCAGGUAUUAACGUAGAGACUAGCAAUUCAAAGUAAAUUGAGCGUGGAUAUGCAUAGGGGAGUGUGCAACAUUGUAAAAAAUACCAAAAUUAAGCACAACUACACGCAUACAAUAGACCCAAGUUAUGAAUAUUUAUUGACUUAGUAAAGAUACAAAACAUAUGAACUCAUACUACCAAAAGUGUCCAAAACCCCACCCGUACAUGGGUUGCCUCCCUCUCAUGAAACAAUCUUUCUUUUACACCUUUGAGCUAGGCGCAGAUUGCAAACUGAAGGGGUGACUCGCUAAAACACAACACCAAACUACGACCAAGUGUAAUCGAAGAAUGAAAAUGCAGAAUAGUGGUUAACUUUUACUUAUCAACCCAGGGUCUAGAUCUACUGCUUGCUCCGUAGACUUCUUUUAUCUAGCAACUAAAGUGUAGUGAGUUGUUCUCAUGCAAAUUAAACAGAAAGCAGAAAAUGUUCUGGGUUUUCAAGUAUGCUAAAGGUCAUCUAGGUAUGAUUCCCCCUAGUAUGUAGCUAGUUAAGAUUAUAUGUUCCCAAUUUACUCCGAUUGAUAGAUAUACUGCGAAAAUUUCUUGACAAGUUUGGAAUCUCGACUAAAAUAGUCCAGACCCUCUCAGUUCUAAUACCCAGCGGGCGACUAACCUAUACCGACAUAAACUAACCAAGGUAAU